AAAAAUCUUUUGCAUUUUCUCUUUUAAGAUAAAUACUGAUAGUUUUUUCCCCCCAAAGUAAACAUUAACAUUCAAUUGAUGUUUUAUUGUCUCUUUAUUUAUUUAAAAAUUGCAGUUGAUCGCAAUGAAAUAUGCACAUAAUGAAAUAAUACAUCCGUUAAUGAAGGGCUUUCUACCUGGGUAAAAACCCGUGUGUAUAGUAUGAGUUACAAUGGCAACUAAUGUCAUUGACUCAUUGUUCGUUUGUUUUUAUUUUUAAAAACUUUCCUGUGUGCUUGGCAGAAAGGAUGUUGAAUUGAACUUAUCAGGAAAAUAGAUCAAAAUGGAAGUUAUGACUCCAAUAAAUUUUACAGAAGUCUUACAAAAAAAACUUCACGGAAUUUCAAAGCAAUAUUUUAGCUACGGUACAUCUGUGAAAGAUCAAGAUUUCGCUCCCUACAAGCCAAAAAGCAAAUCUCUACAUGUCCAGGAAGAAAAAACUGUAAAUAGCGUUCCAACAAACCAAAAACGAACGCACUCCCUAGUUAGUUGGGGCUGUGGUGAAUUUGGACAGCAUGGACAAGAUCUUAAAGGAGAUGUGACUUUGGAAAUGGCGUUGAAUCAGUUGAGAGGUGGUGGACUAAUGUUACCUGAUGGUGAAUUUCCACUGAACAGUGUUUGUGGUUCAAGCCAUACUCUGGCCUUAACAGAUACAGGUAACCUUUACAGUUGGGGUAAUGGUACCAGCGGUCAGUUAGGUAAUGGUACUUGUUUGACUACCAUUAAACCAAUGCUAGUACCUCUUAAACUGAAUGGAAACAUACAAGACAUGGCAUGUGGAGCAAGGCAUAGUUUUAUCUGGACAAACACUGGUUAUUGCUAUAGUUUUGGUAAUAAUUUUAAUGCUCAACUGGGAUACAAUUUUUCCAAAGCUGAUUUCAAAGAAAACCAGCUCCAACCAGUCCUGGUAGAACUGUUUCCAGACAUGAAAGUUAAAGAGGUUGCUUGUGGUGCUAGACAUUCAUUAUUCCUUCUUGCUACUGGCUUUGUAAUGGCUGUUGGAUGUAACCAACAUGGUCAGAUUGGAAAUGCUACAACAGAUGAUGCUGUCAUACCAACAAAGAUAGAUUGUCUCAGCUCAAUAACCCAUGUAGCAUGUGGUAAUAUCCACAGCUUGGUAUCUCUUGAAGGUGGUGCAGUGUUUGCAUGGGGAUAUGGUAAAGCAUUUGGAAACAGGACAAGAAUUGUAUCCACUCCACAGAGCUUUACUCUUGAAAACAUGGAAAACAGUUCGGUAAUUUCGUUAGCUGGAGGUGACUGUCAUUCAAUGAUACUAUGUGACUCUGGUAUAGUGUACACUUGGGGAAACAACUACGAGGGUCAACUAGGAGUGGAUAAAAGUAUAAAAUAUCAAAGUAAACCAGAGCCAAUCCCUGGUCAGUUUUUACCAAGGCCAGUUAAACAAAUAGCAUGUGGUGAAACAACUUCAGCUGCUGUUACAGAAACUGGCAAAUUAUACAUGUGGGGAAAGAAUGCAGGUUUGAUUUACCCUCACAAACCUUCUCAAUAUUUUCAAUAUCUACCCUACCACAUGGACAUGGGUGACUUGACUGUUGUGCAGGUGUCUGUUGGUGCGUGGCAUGUAUCUGUAGUUAUAGAAAAAGCAAAGAGUGUCAUGGAAAAUGACUUAGAAAAUUUUCAUGUUGAGUCAAAUGAAAAAGAUAAACUGUGUUUAACAGACUUAAAAUUAAACUUAGCUGAGUUGAAAUUACCUUGUGAUGACUGCAGGGAUGACAACCUUACUGGACAUGGGGAUAACACAAAUAGGAAUGAGGUAUUGAAGAUAAAUGGUAAUCCAUUAGAUGGUGGUUGUUCACAAAGCAAUGACCCUGUAAACAAUGGUGGAAGUAAUGUUCCAGAAUCGAGUGAAAGUUCAUUUGAUAAGUGUUUUAUAACAAAAUAUAUGUCAAGCUCAAACAUAUCUAGGCAAGACAUUGCUCAGCAUUAUAAUGCAGAAAUAGAAGCUACAGAUUUGGUGAAAAACUUUAAAGGACAUUCUCCAGACAAUAGUGAAGAAAAAAGUUUUAUAACAAGGACUGAUAACACAAGCUGGAAACCAGUUCACAGAAGAAAUUCUAUGGAGAAUGAGGACACUUCCAGUUGCAAUGAACAGCCUGGUUUUUUAGAAACACAUAAGAAUCAUGAAUCUGAAACCAAGGAUCUUCACAUUACUGAGAAGCAAAUGAAUGAUAUAAAUCAAAAUACAACAAGUGUGGAUGUGUGUCAAGGAAAUGAAAUCACAGAAAGUAGAAAUAUUUCAGAAGAUGAGAUACCAGUGGCUGUCUCUAAUUCAAAUCCUUUAAAACCCCCAAGAGCUUACACACUUCAGUUUGAAAAAGAAGACAAAAUUGAUUUAGAGACAUGCAAAACAAGAACAAAAAAAUAUUUAGCAAAUAAAAGUGAGUAUACAAGAAACAAUUUAAAUGCUGACACCUUCGCUGCCAGUAUCUGGGAAAGAAAUGAACAAGAGGAGAAUAACUGUUUACAAACCCCUAGUGAAAUGACUAAAGAGAAAGGUCUUAUGGUUCACAUCAGAGACAAUCACACAAAGAAUAAUGAUGCUCAAAGGGAUUUCCGAAGAAAUAAGAAUUGUUCAAAAGAUGAUCAGUUUCAAGGCUUUGAUAGAGAAUUUGAAGUGAAAGAAACGCGAAGAAAUGAAAUUAAGAAAUCAAAUAAUUUUAGAAGAGAAGAUGUACCAUGGAAAAAUGAUGUAAAACAACAGAAUAAUUCACAAUCCUUUUACGAUUGGCAGGAGUAUUAUGAUUCAAUAACUACAAGUCCCUCAGCAAGAAAUCCUGAUUCAAUUAAUAAGAGAAAUAUCUCAGGCUUUUCCUUCGACUCAUUUGAUGAACAUAUGACCACUACCGGUAUUAGACAAAAUGCAAGAGUUAGAAAAGAUAAAGAAGUAAGAUCAGCCACUACACCACAACAAAACAGCUUUGUGAAGCCAACCUACAACAAACAACAUAGAUCUAUUGAUUGCAUUGAUGAACUUGGCUCUCGACCCCAUACGGUUCCUGUAAUUGACCUUAGUUUUGGGAAAACGGUUGGAAAUGCAGAACAAGGCAUAACAAAGCCAAGAUAUUCAGCAUUUAAAAAUGUAUGGAAAACUUCAAGUCUCUUGAGAGAGAAGCAAGAGAGGCUCAAUAAAGAAAGCGAAGGAUCAUAUAAUGUUAACCCGGGUUUUAAAAUAGGGAAUCUGCUGCCAAGCCGCUAUAACUUUGCUGUUAGAGAAAUGAAGGAGCGGUCAAUGAUCUCAAAUGAUUCAACAAAAAAAAUGAGAAAGAAAAGUGAAAAAUUAAUAAAGUGUUGCCAUCAUACAGGAGACUUAUUACCACCGAUUUGUUCAUGCAAAAAAAAGUAGAGCAAUUAGACAAAUAAAUAGACAUGUAGAUAGACAAACAAAUGUUUUAUUAGACAGAAGAUUAUGGGCAAGGAGAAGAUAAUAUAAAAGAUAGUUAGAAAAUAAACUUAGGAGAAUGGAACGACAGAGGUAUAAAAAGAUCAAUUUUAUGUUUUCACACAAUCAACAACCAUACAUUUAGUGCAAGAAAAAAUACUAUACCUGAU